GAAUCUGAAAUCAAAAUUUAAAAGAACUUUAACGUUCUUUGUAUGUAAAUAAAUAUAGGCAAUCAUCCUGUUUACAAUUGAUCCGUGGAUACAGACAACUUUAAAAUGAACAUUAUGAGAAGCUUAUGGCGAUCAUCGCCCACCAUACGGAACACCUUCCUCACCGGCAAUACCCGAUUUGCCACAACUGCAUCUGUAACACCCGUAAAACCCAUUGACGAACUAUCGAUUCAGUCUAAUCUGGAACUAGAUAAGUUAUACAAAAGAGUUGAACUGGAAAUGAGAGGAAUUGACCCAGCUGUCCUAUUAAGUUACUCCUGGUUCUGUGUUGCUGCUGCUUCACAUCUUGGCAUUGAGGUAACCAGGAGUUGGGCACUAAGAAAAGCAGAAAAGGAACGGCAUACACUACUUAGAGCAGUACACAUCUAUAAAAAACACAAAGUUCAGUAUGAAAUACGGACCUAUUUCCGUUUUAUACACUUACAAAGGCUCACUGGGUCCACAUGUGACACAUACUUAGAGUAUAUUGAGAGGAACUUACCAGAAGGAUGUGCAUUAAAAGUCACUAAAGUGGAAUGUCAGAAAAUACCCGACUACAUUAAACCUCCUAGUGUACAAUAAGUAAUUUAUUUGUAACAUAGAAAUUUAGA